UCACCCAUGGGGUCAAGGAUCUGAACAGCGAGUUGUCACCCAGGCAGACCAACAGGAUUUCACAUGGACCUAAAAGAAUGACGGGUCCAGAGUCCUGGCGAUCUAUCUUCUGACUCCAUCCCCUCUCCCGCCUUGUCUUAGAGUUGACGGGAAACAAAACAGGUUUUGAAAUCACCUGGGGAUUUCUUGGGUGCAGGGUGGACAGAAGAACAGGGAGGAAGGUUCUGGCCGCUGCUGCUAAUGGUUUCAGGCCAGGCGACAAAGUCAGUCGAAGUGAAAGCGAAAGAGAAGCCGACUGAGAUACAGCAGCGGAAGAGAGCUCAAGCGGCUAGCCAAGCGAGGGGCGCUCUAAAGAAUCCUCUCUUCAGCCGGGGAUCUGUACCAGAGGAACCGUGGAGAAGGCAGCCAGCGAGGAGGAGCCUGAGAGCAGCCUCCAUGGGCUCGGAGCCCAGCUGGUGUCUGCUGCUCUGUCUGGCUCUCUCUGGGGCAGCAGGGACUGAGCCCCCCACAGCAGAGAGACCGUGGCAGCCCACCGACAUAGUCUUGGACUGCUUCUUGGUGACAGAAGACAGGCAUCGAGGGGCUUUUGCCAGCAAGGGGGACAGGGAGAGGGCCCUGCUUGUGCUGAAGCAGGUGCCAGUGCCGGAUGACGGCUCCCUAGACGAUAUCACUGAUUUCCAAGCGAGCACAGUGGCCAAAGACGACCCGCCUGUUAUCUUCGAGGCCUCGGUGGACUUGGUACAGAUCCCUCAGGCAGAGGCCUUGCUCCAUGCGGACUGCAACGGGAAGGUGGUGACCUGUGAGAUCUCCCAGUACUUCCUCCAGACUGGACCAGAGGCCACUUCAGAGAGAGCAGCUUGGUUCAUGGGCAAUGUGCAGGUAUCUAGAGGGGGACCCAGUGUCUCCAUGGUGAUGAAGACUCUAGGAGAUGCUGAGACCGGAGCUGUCCGGCACCCUACGCAGAACCUACCCCUGAGUCCCCAGGGUACGGUCAGGGUUGCAGUGGAGUUCCAGGUGACAUCAGAGACCCAAGCCCUGAAUCGCCUGCUGGGGUCCCCUGUGGCCCUGCACUGCAGUUUCUCCAUGGCACCCGGCCUGGACCUCAUUGGGGUGGAGUGGCGGCUGCAGCACAAAGGCAGCGGUCGGCUGGUGUACAGCUGGAAGGCAGGGCAGGUACAGGCUACGCACAAGGGCGCCACGCUGGAGCCUGAGCAGCUGCAUGCGGCUGGGGAUGCCUCGCUCACCUUAGCCAACCUCACUCUGAAGGAUGAGGGGACCUACAUCUGCCAGAUCACUACCUCUCUGUACCAAGCUCAACAAAUCAUCCCCCUUGACAUCCUAGCUCCCCCCAAAGUACAACUGAACUUGGCAAACAAGGAUCUGCUGCCCUCCCUGACCUGCAGUGCCGCUGGCUAUUACCCUCUGGAUGUGGUGGUGACAUGGAUUCGGGAGGAGCUGGGUGGAAUUCCAGCCCAAGUCACUGGGGCCUCCUUCUCCAGCAUCAGGCAAAGCAUGAUGGGGACCUACAGCAUCUCUUCCACCGUGACAGCUGAGCCCGGCCUGGCAGGCGCCACUUACAUCUGCCAAGUUACCCACGUCUCCCUGGAGGAGCCGCUGAGAGUCAGCAUGAGGGUUUUACCCGACACAGAGCAGAGAACAGCCUUUGGAGUCUUCUUUGCCAGUGGUCUCUUCCUUCUUGCACUGUUUUUUCUGAUACUCCAGAGACAGCAAGUUUCUGUGUCAAGGCCUGCCAUGCCUAUGAGGCACUCCGGGUAGCUGCUCUCUUGCUUCCAAGGAAAAAGCAGAGUACCCAUGUUCUAGCUACCAUGAGGACCCUGUGCUGAGCUGUGGGACUGAAAAAGGCCUGAAGAAGGCACCAUGUGUGGGAGUGAGGUGCUGGUCCUUACAGGUCUCUACCUUCCUUCCCUGUCGAGAAGACCCUGGGCUGAUCAAAAGGGAGGCAACAACAGGAGGGCAGACUUGUCUGAGUGGAGGCUAACACCACAGUCAAAGGGAGCAAGUGAAGGGAGAGGGAAGAGGGCGGGACCGGCCACUGCUCACAAACUCCUGACGCUGUCAAAAUAAACACACUUUGUGUCUACACA